CAUUUGCCAGUAUUUGGGAAGUUGAUGUCCAUCUGCAAUCGGAGUUGGACGUUAGUGGGUUUUCGUGCGAGUGAAUUUCACAGAUUCGUAGAAUAUCGCGUUAACAUGAAUGUAUCCGGGCCUAAAUGAUUGAUUGUGACGUGCACACAUCCGAAUUUCGUCUUUUCUCAUCUUUCGAGGCGCGAACUUCCGCGUUCGAACUAUGUUCUCCGCUAGAACUCUCCUGUCCGUUCAAACUAUUGUGUAAUAUGGAAGGAUGUCUUCAAGUGCGAUCGUUUCCCUCUAUUCGUUCAACUUAUUGUUUUUCGCUCAAGGAAAUGCUUCUAGAAACAAUAUUUUUUCUUUUGGAAAAUUCCAGACAUAGACAUAAAAUUUAUUUGUUCGCAUUCUAUGGGAUGAAAUCAUCGAGCACCACAGAAACAUUAUUCAACCAGACUCCCCUGGUAUUAUGAAACUCAAACAAUGGCUUCAUUACGUAUCUUCAUGCUACUAAUUGUUAACUAAUUACAAAUAAACUUCUGACAAAAAAAUGUAACAUUAUAUGGAAAUGAGAGUUCUGUUCUGCUCAUUAAAGUAUGCUAGGCCUUUUAUUUAGCUUGCAUCAUGCAAGGCAAUUUGAAGUUUCGUGUAUGUAAGUAAUAAUUUUAUUUUAAUGUCAUCAUGUAUCUUGGAUGAUCAUUUUCGAAAAUAAAAAACCUUCAUAAUUGGUUACUCUUGUUUACCAACAAAGUUUAAUAUUAAAGACCCACUAUAAUUUUGAUUUUCAUGGAAAAAUGUUGUUGACUGUUCUUACGACAACAAUCAAAUACAACGAAUAUACAACAGACAAAGGUAAAAAUAUUUCAAUUCCCUGUGGUGAAGAUAAAGGAACAACAAUGUGGAUUAAACAGAACGGAAACAGUACGGAUGUCAUUCAGACCGGCCAUUCAUUAUCGUUAAGAAAUGUUUCGGAAACUGAUGCUGGUAUCUACAUUUGCUUAAAAUUACACAAAAUCUUCAAUGCAAGCAACCCUAACGAAACGAUAAUAUCUUCGACGACGGAAGAGGCUGAGUCUGAAUAUUACAAAUCACGAAAAGUUUUACUGAUUGUUCGAACGCCGCCUGGUCCUGUGAAUCUGUUAUGGUUUAAAGCAUCGACUAUUUUAGGAUAUUUAAUUUGGCGAUUUAACGCUACAACGAAUUCUGGAGGUUAUCCGGUACGAAGUUUUACAGCCGAAUACCGAAACGUUUCACCAAUCGAAAAUCAAACAUAUCCUUGGAGUCGGUUGGAUCCAAUUAACAUUAGCCCGAAUAUAAGACAAAUGGAAGUUUACAAAUUAGAACCAAAUACAACUUACGAAUUUAGAAUAUGGGCGAAUAAUGCAUUAGGACCUGGUGAAAUCGUUACAACUGUUGUCACAACUUUACCAGAAACAAAGGAGGAAGAUUUGAUUCGUCUUAUCUCGGCCGAUUUAGUUGCGUUCGAUCCUCGAGUAUGGAUAGCAGCCGUGAGCGUAGUGCUCGGCACCCUUGUGAUAUUAGCAAUUGGAUUAUGCGUGGUGUUGGCGAAAGAAUGUUAUAACGCACCUGUCCUUGUCGACGAGGAUGAGGAUGGCUGGGACAGUAUAGAACUGGUUCCCAAUAUUAUAUUGAAUCCAGGUUUUUGUGAAUCGGACGACCAUGACACACCGUACACCAGAACUAUUAUAUUUGGUGAGGACGACGAGAGUGAUGGAUAUGACGAUGAGGAGGAGGAGAAAAUCUCCUUUAAGCGGAAAGUAUCGAUCUUUUUCACUGGUGAUACGAUUCGGCGCAUUUGAGAGUACAAAAAACUAUACACGGAAACAACUUAUGCUGCUGGCACAGUUGCUAUGAAAACUAUCAGUACACUGCUGAAAUAUUGUUAUCGCGAAUUCGGAGAGAAAAAGGAUAAGAUUUGCAACGAUUUUUCGCAUUAUUAUGAAUGUUAUAGUAUAUUCCUUUCAUUCUGUGAUGAGAUUGAGAAACGUCAAUCGUUAUGUAUUGUUGUAAGUUUGUUCAAUUGUUAUCUAUGUUUAUUAUUAUCAUAUGUACUUAUUAUUGUUAACAACGUGCAGAAGAAAUUGAAGUCUAUAUUUAGUGAAAAAGGUUUGGUUCGCAAUACAGCAGUUUUCCACGAU